AUGGAGGCAGCGGACGUCUCAAAGGCUGAAGAUGGAGCUGAGGAUCCAGGUUUCAAAGACAACGGCCAGCCCGAAGCUGCUCAGUCUGACUUCCCACAUGGAGGGCAGGCCCAGGGCCCCACAGCUCUCUGGGAGAUGGUGGAAAGGAAGUUUCUGGACUAUCAGCAGCUGGCUCACAGGAGCCCAGCUGAGCGUCAGAAGAGCCUGUUGCAUCUCCUCCCUCUGUUCCUGAAGGCCUGGGAGCACUCCGUGGGGAUCAUCCACUUUCCCAGUCUCCAAAGGCUGGCAGAAGAGGUUUCCAACCAGCUAGUCCAAGAAAUUCAGAAGGUGCUUGUGGGAAAGCCUGCAGAGCAAGCACGAGCAGCCGCUGCGCAGCUGCUGCGGUGGAAGGGGGAUUCGGAUCAGGGUGGCCACCUGCUCCUGAAGUCGGCGUUUGUGCUCACAGGGACAGACUCGGAGACGCUGGGCAGAGUUGCGGAGUCUGGGCUCCCAGCGCUGCUCCUGCAGUGCCUUUACCUCUUCUUCGUCUUUCCUCUGGAAAAAAAGGAGCUUUUGGAGGAUGACAUCCAAGUCCAGAGGAUGUUUGUGCAGAUGUUGCUCAACAUCUUCAGUGAGUCUCAGGGGCUGGAGGGACUCCUCUCGGGGAAUGAGCUCCAGUCUUUGCUGAUUGCCACAACCUGUCUCCGGGAGCACAGCUGCUGCUUUUGGAAGGAGCCCACCUUCUGUGUGCUGAGGGCAAUCUCCAAGGCCCAGAACCUCAGCAUCAUCCAGUACCUGCAGGCCAUGGAUUGUGUCAAGAUCCUGCUGCAGAACCUCUCCAGGCUGGCAGACUCUCUCCCUGCCCCAGAGCUGAGCGAGGCUGUGAGCCUGGUCUUGGGCUUCGUGAAGGACUCCUAUCCUGUCUCCUCGGCUCUGCUCCUGGAGUUCGAGAAUGGGGAGGGCUACCCUCUGCUGCUCAAAGUGCUACUCCGGUACGAUGGGCUGCGCCUGAGCGAAGCGGAUCCCCACCUGGAGGAGCUCCUUGGGCUGGUGGUGUGGCUGACGACCUGCGGGAGGUCGGAGCUGAAGGUGUUUGACAGCGUCACUUACCCUCAGCUGGAAGGCUUCAAGUUCCAUCACGAGGCUUCUGGGGUCACCAUUAAGAACCUUCAGGCCUUCCAAGUCCUGCAAAAUGUUUUCCACAAAGCCAGUGACUCCAUCCUCUGCACGAAAGUCCUCUUGGCCAUUAGGACCAUGUGGGCUUGGAACGCCCGCAACUUCUUCCUGCUGGAGUGGACCCUGCAGCCCAUCUCACAGUUUGUGGAGCUCGUGCCCCUGAAGCCAGUGCAAGUGCAGAUGCAAUUCUUUCAGUUGCUGGAGGCCCUGGUGUUCGAACUGCGUUAUGUGCCCCACGAGAUCCUGGGGAAGGUGCAGCGUCUGAUCAAGGAGAGCCCCGAGCCUCUCUGCACCCUCGUGGCCCUGCAGAGUAUCCUCAGGAUAGCUGGCGCUGACCCACUCUUCACCGACAUUUUCCGGGACUCGGGGUUCCUGGGCCUGCUGCUAGCCCAGCUGCGGAAGCGGGCCAAGGUCCUAAGGAAGUCAGGAAACAAAGAAGCCAUUCUCAAUGUCCAAGACCCAGAGAGAGAACUGACCCAGGUGAUGCUGGACACGGUGGUCGUGCUGCUGACAGGCUCAGUCCGGAAUGCAGUUGUCCUGAAAGACCACGGCAUGGUGCCCUUCAUCAAGAUCUUCUUGGACGAGGAGUGGCACCGGGCAGCCGCCCUCUGCAUCUUGGAGCAGCUCUCGGUCAUCAACGCUGAGGAGUACAUGAGCAUCAUCGUGGGCGCCCUGUGCUCGUCCACCCAAGGGGAGCUGCACCUGAAGCUGGAUCUCCUGAAGUCUCUACUCUGGAUCCUGGAGACGCCCAAAGGCCGUGCUGCUUUCAGAGUCUCCAGUGGGUUCAAUGGGCUGCUGUCCCUGCUUUCUGACCUGGAGGGCUCCCUCCAGGAGCCCCCCCUGCAGACGUGGGGCACAGUGUCCCGCAGCGAGACCCUGGACCUGGUCCUGCACACCCUCUGUGCCAUGUCUGCAGCGCUGCACCUGGACCCCGUAAACAUUGACUUCUUCAGGAGGAACGGGCUCUUCGAGAAGCUGGCCGAGGACCUCUGCCUGCUGGGCUGUUUCGGGGCCCUGGAGGAGGAAGGAGCCCCCCAGCACUCCCAGGACAGCACGAAGGCCAGGCCGUUUGCUGACUUACUGAGCUUGGCCUUUUCCUCUGCCUGCCUGUUCCCGCCCAAGAUACAGAGCUGCCUGCAGAUCCUCAGCUUCCUGGACAGCAUGGCCAGCGGCACCCUCCACCUGCUCAGGGACCUGAGGGCAUCGCCGAGGGCUGUGCAGGAAGCAGCUGCGGGAGCCCAGAAAGGGGAAGCUAGCAGGGACCCCCAAGGCAACUUGGAGCAGUGGCCAGACCUGGAGGAGAGGAUGGAGGAAGGUGAUGCUGUGAUUAUGCACCCUGGGGCCCUGCGCAUCAUGGUCCGGCUGCUGCCUCGGCUGUACCAUGAAGAUCACCCCCAGCUUUCCAGGGAGAUCCAGUGCUCCAUGGCCAGUCACAUCCAGUCCCUGGUGAAGUCGGAGAAGAACCGCCAGGUCAUGUGUGAGGCGGGGAUGCUCAGGACCCUCAUGGCCUCCUGCCACCAGGCACUGGCCACUGGCAGCAGCUCCCUGCACAGCGGCCUCAUCAGGAUUUUUGAAAAGCUUGCUUCUCAAGCCAUUGAACCGGAUGUGUUAAGACAGUUUCUAGGUCUUGGAGCUCCCCCGCCUCUGUUAGCUGCGAUGAAACUCCCCAGGUCAUCCUGUGUGCAUGGAGGGGCUUCCGGAUGCUCAGGUUCCAGGACAGCUGGAGUGCCCGGCGCUGCUUCUGGACCGUGGUGAGCCGCCCAGGAUGCCAGCCCAUGCCCAGCAGCCGCGCAGGCCCUCAGGCCCCGGCUGUCCCGGAGCUCCACCACUGCCCUGCAGACGGCACUGAGCCUCAUCUCCAUGACCUCCCCGCGCAACCUGCAGCCUCAGAGGGCUGCCCUGGCUCCGUCCUUCGUGGAAUUUGACAUGUCCUUGGAAGGUUAUGGGUGUUUGUUUAUCCCGACCCUGUCUACGGUUAUGGGAAGCAGCACUGAGUACUCAGUCUCUGGGGGCAUUGGGACAGGUGCUGCUCGGUCCUUCCCUCCACUGGGGGGCCUGACCUUCUCCUGCUGGUUCCUGGUCAGCAGGCACAGCCUGGUCACCGAGAGCCACCCGCUGCGCUUCCUGACCCUGGUGCGCCACCUGGCCCGGACUGAGCAGCCCUUUGUCUGCUUCUCUGUCAGCCUCUGCCCAGAAGAUCUCUCCUUGGUUGUGUCUACGGAAGAGAAAGAGUUUCAGCCACUGGAUGUGAUGGAGCCUGAGGAUGAAUCCGAGCCCUCUGCGGGACGCCAGCUUCGGGUCAGGUGUGGCCAGCUGCUGGCUUGUGGACAGUGGCAUCACCUGGCUGUGGUUGUCACCAAGGAAAUGAAAAGGAACUGUACUGUGUCUACCUAUCUGGAUGGGCAGGUCAUUGGCUCAGCCAAGAUGUUAUACAUUCAGGCCUUGCCGGGACCUUUCCUCUCGAUGGACCCUUCAUCAUUUGUGGAUGUUUAUGGGUUUGUCGCUACCCCUCGAGUCUGGAAACAGAAGUCAUCAUUAACAUGGCGUCUUGGCCCCACAUACCUCUUUGAAGAGGCCAUCUCAAUGGAAACUCUGGAAGUUAUUAACAAACUUGGCCCAAGAUACUGUGGUAACUUCCAAGCUGUGCAUGCCCAAGGAGCGGAUCCUGGUACAGAAGCGGUGCCCCUGGUUGCAGAGGAAAGGGUCUCCUUUGGCCUGCACGUAGCCAGCUCGUCCACCACCCGUGUCGCGGACAUCAGAAGCACCUACAAUGAGGUGGACAGCCGCCUGAUCGCCAAGGAGAUGAACAUUUCAUCCCGUGACAAUGCCAUGCCCGUGUUUUUGCUGAGAAAUUGUGCUGGCCACCUCCCGGGUCCUCUUCGAACGAUUGGAGCCGUGGCUGUCGGCCAGCAGGGGGUGAGGGUGUUCCACUCCAGCCCUGCGGCCAGCAGCCUGGACUUCGUUGGCGGGCCUGCCAUUCUCCUGGGCCUCGUUUCCUCAGCGACAGACGACCACACCAUGUACGCGGCUGUUAAAGUCCUGCACUUGGUCUUGACCAGCAAUGUGAUGUGUGACCACCUGAUGCAGCACAUCUCUGGGUACCAGGUGCUGGCGCUUCUCCUGAGGCAGAAGUCCUCUCUGCUCAGCCACCGCGUCUUCCAGCUGGUCCUCGCCAUCGCCGGCACCGCGGAGCUGGGCUUCGGGACCUCCACCCUCACCAACGUUGGCGUCUUCCAGCACAUCCUCUGCAAUUUUGAGCUCUGGAUGAACACUGUGGACAACCUGGAGCUCUCCCUCUUUUCCCAUCUUGUGGAAAUCCUUCGAUCACCAAGGGAAGGACCCCGGAACGCUGAAGUUGCUCACGGAGCACAGCUCAUACCUAGACUCGUCUUCCUCUUCAAUGAGCCGGGCCUCGCCCCCUCCAAGAUCCCCACCAUCAUUGCCAUCCUGGGCUGCCAGCUGAGGGGCCACUUCAGUAUCCAGGACUUGCUCAGGGUCGCGCUGUUCGUUGUGUACACACUCAAGCCCUCGUCGGUGGAUGAGAGGCAGAUCUGCGUGGAUGGAGCCCUGGGGCCCUCUGUGCCUGCUGGAAGCCAAACAUCUGGAAAGACGAUCUGGCUCAGAAACCAGCUGCUGGAGAUGCUGCUCGAUGUACUGUCUUCCUCCCAACUUCAUCUGUCCUCUGAGACAAAGGAGGAGGUGUUCCUGAGCCUGGGGCCCGACUGGUUCCUGCUGCUCGUGCAGGGCCACCUGCACGCCAGCACCACAGUGCUGGGGCUGAAGCUGCUGCUGCACUUCCUGUCCAGCCCCUCCCUGCGUGGGCGCUUCAGGGACGGCCUGUGCGCGGGGUCCUGGGUGGAGCGCAGCUCCGAAGGCGCGGACAUCAUGAUGGAUAACCUGAAGAGCCCCCCUCCGGCGCCGGACCAGAGCCCCUGCCUGCUUCCCGGGCUCCGGGUCCUGAGCGACUUUCUGGCCCACCACGUUCACAUCCCAGAAGUCUACCUCAUCGUGUCCGCCUUCUUCCUGCAGACGCCGCUCACGGAGCUCGCGGGCGGGCCCAAAGACAGCCUAGAUGCCAUGCUGCAGGGGCUCCUGCAGACACACCGCAUGGAAGAAGUCCUCAGCUCCGGGCUGUGCACCGAGGGGGCCCUGCUGCUCCUGGUGAUGCUGAAGGCCACCAUGACCCGGCCCCCAAUAGGUUAUGGAGACGAGGCCUGGGAACAGACUUUCCCAGCCAGCGUGCUUCAGUUCCUCAGCCUGGUGCAUAGCACCUACCCCCAGGACCCGGCCUGGCGCACCCCUGAGUUCCUGCAGACCUUGGCUGCCAUCACCUUCCCCCUGGGAGCCCACAAGGGGGUCACGGCUGAGUCCUCCCAGAAUGUCAGUGGUCCUGGGGCUGAGGCUGAAGACAACAGCAUUGUGGAGGGACUACAGGCACCUGCCAAGUCACAUCCCACACGGAAACAGCUAAGGGCGUUCAUGAAGCUGCUCUUGAGGGAGCUCUUGCUUGCAGCUUCCAGCCCCAAGCAGUGGCUGCCUCUGGAGGUGCUGCUGGAGGCUUCUCCAGACAAUGCCACCAGUCAACAGAAGCGAGACUUCCAGUCUGAGGUCUUGCUCUCCACCAUGGAAAUAUUUCACGUAAUGAGUGGAGGUGACACGUCGAUGCUCAGAGGCAGUAAAGAGCCUCAGCCAAAUGAAGAAGCUGCUGCUGCUCCUUCACUCACGAACAUCUCCUACUUCACCCAGAAGCUGGUAGAGAAGCUGUACAGUGGGAUGUUCUCAGCAGACCCCAGACACAUCCUGCUCUUCAUCACAGAGCACAUCGUGCUGGUCAUCGAGAAUGCCUCCUCACAAAGGGACAAUGUCAUCAGCGCUUUAUACAGCAGCUUAAAUAAAGCCAUACUUUUCUGCCUCUCCAAGCCCCAGCAGUCCCUGUCCGAGUGCCUCAGCCUCCUCAGCAUCCUGGACUUCCUACAGGAGCACUGGGACAUUGUCUUUGCCACCUACAACUCCAACUCCAGCUUCCUGCUGUGCCUCAUGCACUGUCUGUUCCUGCUCAGUGACAGGAGUUAUCCAGAAGGAUUCGGAUUGGAACCCAAGCCCAGAAUGACUCCGUAUCAUCAAGUGUUUCUUGCCUCAAAUGAAGAAGUGAGAGAAAAGAGAGCGGACGACUUGCCAAGUCUGAGUGAUGCCCAGCACAGCGUCCAGAAGGCCGUGCACACCCUCUGGCAGCAGCUCGUGGCACAGAGGCGGCAGGAACUGGAGGACACUUUCAAGAUUGACCUCUCCGUGAAACCUGCGGAGAGAGAAGUGAAGAUGGAAGAGGUCACCCCGCUGUGGGAGGAGUUGAUGCUUAAGGCCUGGCAGCAUUACCUAGCAUCUGAGAAAAAAUCUCUGGCCAGUCGUUCGAAUGUCGGACACCACAGCAAAGUCACUUCGUGGAGUGAAAGCUUGUCCUCAGCCAUGAAGCUGAUCCCUGGGCGGCAGACCAAGGACCCCGAGUGCAAGACAGAGGAUUUUGUGUCAUGCAUCGAAAACUACAGAAGAAGAGGACAGGAGCUCUAUGCAUCUUUAUACAAAGAUCACGUACAGAGGCGGAGAUGUGGCAACGUCAAGGCAGCCAGAGCCUGGGCCAGGAUCCAGGAGCAGCUCUUUGGAGAGCUGGGCAUGUGGGGCCAGGCAGCAGAGGCCACACCCCACUCCCGGUGGGAACUGGACUGGAGAGAAGGACCCGCCGGCGUAAGGAAACGCAUCAGACGCUUGUCCCCGCUGGAGGCCCUGAGUGCGGAGACGCUGGAGGAAAGCCACGAUGGGAAUGGUGAUAUUUCUCAAACAAAUGCUGAAAACAAAGAUGAGCUGACCCUGAGGGAAGCUGAGAGCAAGAGAGACGGGGCAGUAGCAGACUGUACCCAGUUGACCUUCUUUCCUGCCUUACACGAAAGCCAGCACUCCGAAGAUUUCUUGGAACUGUGUCGGGAGAGACAAGUUAUUUUACAAGAGCUUCUUGAUCAUGAGAAGGUGACACAGAAGUACUCCCUGGUGAUUGUGAAGGGCCACCUGGUCUCCGAAGGGCUCCUGCUCUUCGGCCGCCAGCACUUCUACAUCUGCGAGAACUUUACACUCUCUCCCGUGGGUGAUGUCUACUGCACCCGGCACUGCUUAUCCAACAUCAGUGAUCCAUUCAUUUUCAACCUGUGCAGCAAAGACAGGUCCUCCGACCAUUACUCGUGCCAACGUCACAGCUACAGUGACCUCAGGGAGCUCCGGCAGGCACGCUUCCUCCUGCAGGACAUUGCCCUGGAAGUCUUUUUCCGAAACGGAUGCUCCAAGUUUUUUGUCUUCCACAACAGCGAUCGGAGUAAGGUCUUCAAAAGCCUCUGCGCUUUCCAGCCCAGCUUGAAGGGGAAGGGCGCCACGGAGGAGCCCCUCAGCCUAAGGAGAUACCCUGGCUCCGACAGGACCAUGCUGCAGAGGUGGCAGAAAAGGGACAUCAGCAAUUUCGAGUACCUCAUGCACCUCAACACGCUGGCCGGGCGGACCUACAACGACUACAUGCAGUACCCCGUGUUUCCCUGGGUGCUGGCUGACUACAGCUCGCAGACGUUGAACUUAACGAAUCCCAAGACUUUUCGGGAUCUUUCAAAGCCCAUGGGAGCCCAGACCAAGGAAAGAAAGCUGAAGUUUAUCCAGAGGUUCAAAGAAGUGGAGAAGACCGAAGGAGACAUGACCGUCCAGUGCCACUACUGUACUCACUACUCCUCGGCCAUCAUCGUUGCCUCCUACCUGGUCCGGAUGCCACCCUUUACCCAGGCCUUCUGCUCUCUGCAGGGGGGCAGUUUCGACGUGGCAGACAGAAUGUUCCACAGCAUGAGGAGCGCGUGGGAGUCAGCCUCCAGGGAGAACAUGAGCGACGUCCGGGAGCUGACCCCCGAGUUCUUUUACCUGCCCGAGUUCCUGACCAACUGCAACGCCGUGGAGUUCGGCUGCAUGCAGGACGGGACGGCACUGGGGGACGUGCAGCUCCCUCCCUGGGCAGAUGGGGACCCUGGAAAGUUCAUCAGCCUGCACAGACAGGCUUUGGAAAGCGACUUCGUCAGUGCCAACCUCCACCACUGGAUAGACCUCAUUUUUGGGUACAAGCAGCAGGGGGCAGCUGCAGUGGAGGCGGUUAAUACCUUCCACCCCUACUUCUACGGCGACAAAGUGGACCUCAGCAGCAUCGGUGACCCCCUGAUCAGGAACACCAUCUUGGGGUUUGUCAGCAACUUUGGACAGGUGCCCAAACAGCUCUUUACUAAACCCCACCCGGCCAGGACCGCUGCAGGGAAGCCUUCGCCUGGAAAGGAUGGCUCCACACCUUCAAGCCUGCCGGGCCACCCACAGCCCUUCACCUGCAGCCUGCAGUCACUGAGGCCCUCCCAGGUCACAGUCAAAGAUAUGUACCUUUUCUCUCUAGGCUCAGAGUCCCCCAAAGGCGCCAUCGGCCACAUCGUCCCCACCGAGAAGACCAUCCUGGCCGUGGAGAGGAACAAGGUGCUGCUGCCGCCCGCCUGGAACAGGACCUUCAGCUGGGGCUUCGAUGACUUCAGCUGCUGCCUGGGGAGCUACGGCUCCGACAAGAUCCUGAUGACGUUCGAGAACCUGGCCGCCUGGGGCCGCUGCCUGUGUGCCGUGUGCCCGUCCCCCAAGAUAAUCGUCACCUCCGGGGACAGCACUGUGGUGUGUGUGUGGGAGCUCAGUAUGGCCAAAGGCCGCCCGAGAGGCCUGCACCUCAAGCAGGCCUUGUAUGGACACACACAGGCUGUCACAUGCCUGGCAGCAUCAGUCACCUUCAGCAUCCUGGUGAGUGGCUCUCAGGACUGCACCUGUAUCCUGUGGGACCUGGACCACCUCACCUACGUGGCCCGCCUGCCUGCCCACAAGGAAGACAUAUCUGCAGUGGCCAUCAGUGACAUCUCGGGCACCAUUGUCUCCUGUGCCGGAGCCCAUCUGUCCCUGUGGAAUGUCAACGGACAGCCCCUGGCCAGCAUCACCACGGCCUGGGGCCCAGAAGGAGCCAUAACCUGCUGCUGCAUGGUGGAGGGGCCAGCAUGGGACACAAGCCACGCCAUCGUCACUGGAAGUCGAGACGGUGUGGUCCGGAUUUGGAAGACUGAGGAGGUGAAGAUGUCUGUUCCUGGGCGGGCAACACCGGAGGAGCCCUCAGCUCAGCCCAGCAGCCCAAGAGGUCACAGGUGGGAGAAGAACCUUGCCCUGUGCAGAGAGCUGGACGUCAGCGUCGCUCUGACAGGGAAGCCCAGCAGGACCAGCCCUGCAGUGACAGCUCUGGCCAUGUCCAGAAACCAGACCAAGCUCCUGGUAGGCGAUGAGAAGGGGAGAAUAUUCUGCUGGUCCACAGAAGGGUAG